CAGCCAAUUGCUGCUCGCUCUUUCAGCGCGUCACCGAAGGAAUCAUGGCGGCGCACAUUACCAGAGCCGUGACACGACUUGUUCCACAGGAGAGCGGUUGGCUCCUGCCCGCAGCCUGGCAGUUGUGUACCGAAGCAUGGCGUCAUCACCAUCACUCUGCAGGCCCCUCGCUGCGCUACAUACCCCGCAGGGCGGUUCUCUACUGCCCUGGCAAUGAUGAGCGAAAAUUGAGGAAACUAGCCUCGCUGGAUGUCGACUGCGCCGUCUUGGACUGCGAGGAUGGUGUAGCCCUCAGCAAAAAGACAGAGGCCAGGGAGACCAUUCCCAGGAUGUUAGCAGAACUGGAUCUGGGCCGAACAGAGAAGUGUGUGAGGGUGAACUCGGUGUCCAGUGGCUUAGCUGAGGCUGACCUACAGGUCAUCCUGCAGGCUGAGGUUCUCCCUCCUGCCAUCAUGUUGCCCAAAGUGGAGGACAUGCAGGAGGUGCAGUGGUUUGUUGACAGGUUUCAGCACAACUUGAAAGGACGGGCACUGACAGAACCCAUUCGCCUGGUCACCUUUGUGGAAACCGCUGUGGGCCUGCUCAAUUUUAAGGCGGUGUGUGAGGAAAUCCGUCGACUUGCUCCCAAAGCUGGUCUCCACCAUGACGGUGUGGUGUUUGGCUCAGAUGACUUCUGUGCAAGCAUAGGUGCCACGCGGACGAAAGAUGCUAGGGAGCUCCUUUACGCGAGGCAGAAGGUGGUUGUGACCACCAAAGCGUUUGGGCUGCAGGCCAUCGACCUCGUCUACAUUGACUACAAAGAUGUGGAGGGGCUGAGGCGACAGGCCAGAGAGGGUGCUCUCAUGGGCUUCACAGGUAAACAGGUUAUCCACCCAGGGCAGAUCCAGGCUGUGCAGGAAGAGUUCUCCCCCAGUCCGGAGAGGGUUCAGUGGGCCAAAGAGCUCAUUACUGCUUUUGACCAACACCAAAAGGAGGGAAAGGGUGCGUUCACCUUCCGCGGCAGCAUGAUUGACAUGCCCUCGGUGAAGCAGGCACAGAACAUCAUAACACUCUCCGUUGUGGUGCCAGAGAAAUAACGUGGCUGGUGAGAAGAAACUCGGAGGAACCACACAACUAAACCCUGACAGGAGAGGUCAAAGGAAAGUGGAAAUGUGGCAGGGUUCAUGAUAAAGACAGCACUUUCAAAAGCAUAUAAACUAUGUUAUGUACAAAUUGUGGUUUAAAUUUAAGUUUUUAAUAAUUGUUGAAAUGUUUUGAUUAAAUUCAUUUGAUUGUUA